AUGGCGCUAGGAUACUUUGAAGCUUUCGUCAAAACAUGGAGAAAUCACUGGGUUGAGUGGAAAAAACGAGGCUUAACAAAGACGUUUCUGAAAGAUUUCAUUGACGAUGUUUCCACUGACUUCUAUAUAUCAGCUAAUGAUAUUCUUCUAUGUGCAGUUCUUGGCAUUUUCUUCACCGUAACGCGUUUCUUCUUGAAUGAAGCCGUUUUUAAGGUAAGCGGACAGAAGUACGUUGUUUCGUCCUAUUUUAAUACUAGGUUGGCCAGGUCACCCAGCGAAUUUUUUCUGUAAAAUAACUGUUCGAAGGAGCAAAUAUUGCCUAGAAAAUUCUAAAGAUUGAGAAAAGCUAAAAAUUUCUGGAUAACCGUUCCAUUCGUCUAAAAUGUUGGUAGGUUUUCUCAUAGCUUAAACGAUUUUCGAAGGUUGUGUUAUUGCGAUUAUUGUACAAAAAGGUCUCCUAAAACUUUCGGUAUAAAGACAAAACGUUCCCUAAAUUUUCUAAUGAAAGCAAGGCUGCUUCAUGUCCUCGAACUUUCAAUCGGACCCAUAAGGGUAACUAACACUUUCGGAUGAGACGAAAAAGCCACCUAAAACUUUCGUGAUGACCAAAGCUCCCCAACACAUCCGAACAGAUAAAUAUAGUUUUUAGGGCAACUCCAGAUUAACCAAACAGGCUUCUAAAGCACAGAGAUUGAAACCAUCUGAGACACUUCUGGCGUAUUUGGAAACAUUCGGUCGUUGGGUGCCCCUGAGGUCAUUGGCCCUAUUCAUCCCGGCUGAGUGUUUUCCUCCGAAAGUUAUCUUCCGUGACCGAGAGUGUAACAUAAAUGUUCGUGGCUUGUUUAAAAAUAAAAUCACCCAGAAGAGCUCGUAAAAAAAAAAUCCGAGUGCGUACUCGCGUGGUUACUUUGAUCAAGCUUUUUAUGCAGAAACUAUCCUGUGACGAUAGGUUUUGCUCUUCCAAGCACAAAUCGGGGAAAUAAGCGUUAAGAGAAUUCGAGCGACUUCAGCGUAUGAACAACAAGGGGAAAAACUAACUCUGCAACUCGCUUGGCUAACGGGAAAGAAACUUGUCACUGUUCUGACUGUUCCACGGUAUCAGGAUCUGUUACAGCUGGAAAACAGGACAGCACUCAAACUUGGAAUUCAACAGUUUAAUCUUCAGUUCGUGGAAAUAAAUCAUACAUGCAUGUGCAUCCAAAAUGUAAAUCAUACAAGCAUGUAAAUUCGCAAUGUAAAUCGUAAAACAGGGAUAACAGUGCUCUAUUUAUACUAACCGAUCAACUCAUUACAACAUUUCAAAACAAAUGGAGAGAAGGCUGAAUAAAAUCAGCAGAACACCGAGAACAAAUCUGGAUAAAUAUGUUAAACUUAAAAUAAUGUCAGUCAAGGAAAUGAAUUGCGGAAACUUACAAAGAUUCAGCAGUAAAGCUGUGCAAAAGAAUUCGAGUUUAGCUGACUUUCCUUUGCUCAGGAUUCCUUAAAAUGUCAAAACUUGAAAACUACAAACGAUUGGCAUUUGAGCAGGAGAAAGAUCCAGUUGUUCGGUGACUAAGCUGUGUAAUUAUUCAGAAACUAGUUAUCUUUUUAAAAGUAAACAUUGAAGUAAAAUGUGUAUAAAUUAAGAGAACUAAUUAAGACAUAUCAAUGCAAAUUCAAUGUAAAUUACGGCUAAAACAACUUCAAAGGGAAUAUUUAAAAGCUAUAUACGAACUUCGAGGCAAAUAAAGAAUUCAUGGGAAAUCUCUCCUUACAAUCCCAUACUAAAUACUAGUCUAGCAUUUAUGUCUAGGUGCAUUUGUUUUAAUCGCCGGUAACUUACUAUCUGCCUAAAUCACGGUCACAUACUGACUUUGCAAAUUUAUUAGCUUUUUAUAAACGUGACUUAAAACGUUCCUUACAUGAGUAUAUAAUGAUUAUUCCUCAUCGCUCUCUUGAAAAGCUUGAAACAAAAUCUUGACAGUGUGAAGUUUCUCACAGAUAAAAUUUUAGACCAAGGAAAUAUAAUGGUCAUAAUGAAACUGUUGCCUGAUUCAAAAAUUGCAUAUUUAACAAAGAAAUUAAAUGCAUGCGUAGGAAUAAUUUCAAAACUACUCAUCUCUCCGCCACGUUAUGGCAGAUAUUGGGCCGUUAAGCCAAUUGUAUUGCUGGGCGACAAUUCCCCAAAAAAAAUUCCUUCAAGGGCAACUUUACCCUGCCUGCUGGGUGCCAGAGGCUUUUCAUGUGCGGUUUCCAGUUUCGCCGAUUGUGUCUUCUGCCAAAGGCCGAAGACGUGUCGGCCUGCAGCCGACGAAGCUCCUCGUCACACGGGAGAAAAAACCUCUGGUACCAAGGGUAGGCAAACUUGUCAUUAAAAAAAAUCCUGCGAGGGGUGAUACGUAAAAAAAAUUCUUGCAGAGGAAGGGACAUGCAUAGCAUUUACGGUUAUUAAAAGAAUGGGAUAAGAAACAUAAAACAAUGUCUAAAGAUAAAGAGAAUUGAAAUUCUUAAUUUGUGCUUCAGUACCCAUGAAAGCAAAUGUAUGAUUUUUUUUCAUACAACAAAACAUAAAUAAUAAUGGCUUGCUUCAUUGCUAUCAAAAAUAAUUAUACUAUAAAAUCUCUCUCUUCAGAUAUAAAAUGUAUUUUCAAAAUAUUUUUGAUAGAACAAUAGUAAUAUAAGAAAAAUAAUAUUUUCUCAAGUAUGUUAAAAAUUGAAAUUUUCAACGAUAAAUAACACUAUAAUUUUGUUUUAAUAUGAAACACUAGCAACCAUCAAAACAAAAGAAAGUAAUGGAUGCAUUGAAGUGCCUCUGUUUCUUUAUAUUUGAAUAAUACCAAUCUUUCCUUUCUGCCUUGAGUAGGUCGUUCCCGUAAUAAUAGAUCACAAGGGACGUCAAAAUGUCUGCGGUUCAUGUGCUAAAACACAUUUUAACAUCAUUUGUGAUUGAUUACUGAACAGACACACGGCAAAAAGGAACCAAGUGAUAAACUAUAAUGCGUGAUCCUCUUAGACAUUAUAUUAUGAUAUAAAUCUUACGUAACGUAGAUUAGUUACAAAAGAAGAAAUGUAUGGGGAAAAAAAUUCGUGCAAAGCUUGCGCCUCUGACAGAAAAAAAAACUCCCCCCUCCCUCGCCCUAUUGCAUCACCUUUUCGAUGCCAGUUGGCACGAAGCUCUCGGAACGCCAUUUCUGAUUAGUUCAUCACUUUACUUCCGUUGCAAAGGUUGCAACCAUUUCAUUUUCAAUAUAAAUCUACUGAGUUAAUCUACAUUAUCAACCCAAAUGAUAACACGAAAUCGUUGUAUUUCACUCCCCUUUCGAUGCAACACCAAAGUUUCUGUAGAAUAUAACUAAUUAACCCUCCUAUCACAUCAGCUUGGUUCAACGCCAGUCAUAGAAAUCUCGUACCAAUUACUCUCGAUCAGGCUCACGCGGCCCUAAAGGGUAAAUUUCAUAAGUUACUGCGCUUGGUUUUGGAGACUGAGAAGGUUUAUGUUGAUGUGAGUCGUACUAUUACCAGUUCCUACCUGAGCUGACUUCUUAUUCAGUUAAAGUGUUCUCCUUCCUUAUGUAUCCAUAAUUUUAGUUUAGUAUCGUACUUGUUAUAGUUUUCACUUAUAAUGUCCAGGAUUGCACUCUCUAAUACCAUCAACUGACGUGAAACAACUCACUUUGACUCGGAAGAUUACUACCGCACAGGUUGUCGAAACGUCAGUCACUGUCAAAAACAACAGUCCUAUUCAGUCUAUUCAGGACUACGUUUACCCGGAAGAUCAUACUCAAGCUACUUAUGAAAAAUUUCAGUGUUAGCAACAUUUUAUCGAAAUUUUGGCAAAAUAAAGUCUAAGGGGAACUGCUUGCAGAAAUGUAUAGAAGAAACAACAAAUAUAGCAGGAAUAACAACAAGAAUUUCUUUCUUUUCCGUCCUUUGCACAUUGUAUUUAUUUAUAGGAGACUCAUGAUUAUUGUAUUGUUACCCACCUAUAACAUAACAUAGUCAACUCAUAAAAUAAUUAUUUUCAAAUCAAACUAACUGUUAUUUUCCCAAAUAGUGUGAGCAAUAUAAAUAUGAAAAACACCCUCCAUUUAGCAUAACAGCAUCCACUAAAGUCUUCGAAACACUUAAUCUCGUACCCAGAUCUCACUCUGUUUUACACUUUCCCUUGGGCAUGGGAGAUCUGGGUACGAGAUUACGAAACACUCUGAUUUCAUUUGCAGCCCAUCUUCAGGAAGUUUAAACUGCUUGCGAAAGAAGAGGAAAAAUGCCCUGAAAGUGCCUUCAAGCUUUUGUUUUACUCCAUAGCAUAUGGAUAUUGUUUCCACUUACUAUUUAGUGGCAAAUAUGACUUUUUUCAUGAGACAAAGAACUGUUGGAGAGGUAAGUGUUUCAACACACGAGUCAGCCAGUUUUAAAAAGUGACGAUAACGCUGAGUCCAUUGGUUAUUACUGGAGAGUUGCCGGAUUUGAAAUACAAGUCCAAGCUAAUUUUACCUCACCGUGAUUGAACAGGGCAAAUAACUUGGAGCGCUUUGAGUCAGGAAAGCACAAAAACUCAAGUCAAAUUCCUCUAAGCUUUAGCUUUUAUAGGCUGAUUUGGACCCUUGACGAAUUUAAAUGAAAAAUCGAGAGCUCGAUUUUUUUACAGAAUGGUUGGUUUAUCCGAGACAGCCAGCUCUAACAACGCUAAUUUUAUAUAGAAUUUUUGGUAUCUCUAGUCAAAUCUAAAAAACGCUCUACACCCGGGGCUUGGUAUGCAAGUCCACACUAAUCCCGUACCGAGAUCUCUCGUCGACGAGGCCGAAGGCGAGCGGCUUCGUCAAUAAGAGAUCUGGGUACGAGAUAAAGUCUGCACCCCUUUUUGUGUAGUGGGUUUUUAUUGAAAAGUCAGUUUGUUUUGUAUAAUGGCCUCGGAAAUGUUAGCUUUCUACCAUUUUCCUACUAAGAAGAUAUUCUUUGGCUUCGUUACGCAGCUUUUUGCUAGAAUCAAAAGUCAGUUACAAGUAAAGCUCUCUGUCCUUAAAACGAUCUUCCUCUUUUUUUUAGGAUGGUACAAAGGAAUGCCAGUUCCUCAAGACAUUUACACGCUCUAUGUUGUGCAAGCAGGGUACUACAUUCAUGCGUUAUAUGCCGUAUUGUUUAUGGAUCUGUGGAGGAAGGACUCAAUUCUGACGUUUUCACAUCACAUUCUUACUAUUUCACUUAUUGUAUUGUCAUUUUCGCUAAGGUAAAGAUUGUCAUUAGCCAACUUAAGGUCCAGCUUGGGACGCCUGGGACGAUUUUUUCAAACGAGGGUGGGGGCUUUGACUCCUUUUACUUGCGCAGAAGGUGCAGCAAUAAUACAAAGUUGGAAUGAAUCAGGAUGGAAAGCAUACGAAAAUAUGAGGUGUUAGCCAGUCUAACUUUGUGAAAGCAUGGUUUGAACUAAGAAGUCAUCUCAUAAGUAGUCUGAGUGUGAUCGUACGGGUGAGGUCCUGAAUAGGACUGUUGUUGUUGACAGCGACGACGUUUCGACAACCUGUGUGGUAGUCAUCUUCGAGGUCAAAGUGAGUUGUAUCACGUCAGUUGAUGGUAUUAAACUCUGGUUAUUGACUUGAUUAGUCAAAUAAGUCUCGAUGUUAUUGGUCGCGCCCUGAUGCUAUUGGCAACGAAGACUCGAAAUGUCAUCGGUGCGUUUCGUCACAGUCAACCAGAUUCCUAGCCAGGACUAGGAUCACCCAGACGAUCUCGCUCCACCUACUUAUAAAAACUAAAUUUGUGUGCAUCGAACUCGUGGAAAACCGUUCUUAAUUCCCUUUAACGGUACGUUUUGCACAUUCACAACGACUUAAAUCGACUUUAGAUGCUGAGUCGAAGUUGUAUUGGCUAAGCGCAAACUACACUGAGUCCCUACCACCUGUCGUGACAAUAUAUAGUGACGUAAGUGGCAUGCGUAUAAAAACGGCCAUAUCACCAGGGACCCUCAGAUAGCAGAGGCGAGUGGCAAAGGCGGUUUAUAGAAUAGCCUUUGCAUCUUUUCGGUUUUAUAGGUUCCACGUAAAUUGUAAAUGUGUGAAUUCAUGUAAUUUGUUUACUCACGGAUCACCUAGGAGUUCUUAAGAACUCGUUGAAAAGCGUCCGUGCGUUCCAGAUAGAAUUGGAAUUUGGAAGUGAUGUUUUGUUAGGGAGGGGGGAAAACUGGAGUGCCGGAGAAAAACCUCUUGGAGCAAGAGAGAGAACCAAGGACAAACUCAACCCACAUAUGGCGUCAACGCCAGGAUUCGAACUUAAAUCAUCCUAAACUUAAAUCAACUGUUAAGCUACAAGUUGUAGCUGCAGUGAGCUUUUCAAUGCGAUAUAGUUCGAAGCAAACUGUUUUUUUUUUUCUCUUUUUUUUCAUUUCAGGUACCAUAAAAUUGGUGUUCUCGUCCUGUUUCUACAUGACGUCAAUGAUGUAUUUUUAGAAUUCGGUAAACUCUGUGUGGCAUUCAAGACGCGCAACGGAAAGUACCAUCUUCUUCCAGACAUUCUCGGUUCUGUUACAUUUUUGUGCUUUACGUUACUCUGGUACGCAAUGUUGUAUUUGUUAAUCAAAAAUACCCUAGGGUACUUACCAUUUACUUGGAAAAACCAGAAGUUCCGGUUGGGAAAUCAAAUGGUUCGAGCCAUUCCAUUUUGGUACUUCAGAAAAUAUGGGCUGUGAUUUAAGGUGAUGCAAUUUUUGUAGUCUAGUUUGUAGCUAAUUUGGAUAUACUUUGUAGCGGGUCGUUUUCCCACCACGUCAAAUUUUAUAGUUUUAUGUCUAUGCNUUUCAUUUCAGGUACCAUAAAAUUGGUGUUCUCGUCCUGUUUCUACAUGACGUCAAUGAUGUAUUUUUAGAAUUCGGUAAACUCUGUGUGGCAUUCAAGACGCGCAACGGAAAGUACCAUCUUCUUCCAGACAUUCUCGGUUCUGUUACAUUUUUGUGCUUUACGUUACUCUGGUACGCAAUGUUGUAUUUGUUAAUCAAAAAUACCCUAGGGUACUUACCAUUUACUUGGAAAAACCAGAAGUUCCGGUUGGGAAAUCAAAUGGUUCGAGCCAUUCCAUUUUGGUACUUCAGAAAAUAUGGGCUGUGAUUUAAGGUGAUGCAAUUUUUGUAGUCUAGUUUGUAGCUAAUUUGGAUAUACUUUGUAGCGGGUCGUUUUCCCACCACGUCAAAUUUUAUAGUUUUAUGUCUAUGCACCGAAUUCCCAUCCUGGUGGUUUGAGUAAAUGGUAAACAUCCAAUGCAUCUGAAGUAAACACUUUUAAUAGCCGGCACUGUGGGCCGGCCUUUGAACUUUCUUUACUAUACUUAGUUAAUAUACUCUCCCUUCCCUUUAUUCUCUAUCUAACGCAGGUUAAGAUAACCGAACGCUUCACUGCCCACAGCUGAUCAUGAAAGAACCCUGAAAAAAGCCAACACAGUUUAAGUUGCUGUUUCCUUACCGCAAUCAUUGCGCAUUGUUUGAACAAGCUUUAGCAAAGCAUACCACUCUAUAACUUUCUGAACCUAUAUGCAAACUUAAAACCAUUUAAGCAAUAGCCAAACUUUCUGCGAAAAUUUGUGAAACAGAUCUCCACAAUUAUAGAGGAAAUUCAACUCAAGUGUGCAACGAUGACAAUAGUAACAGCCACAAAUGUAGAGGGUUAGUCAUAAGAAAUCUUGUCUCUUUUUUAUUAUAGCCUAAGAAAACAGCCGACUCACAUUUCGUGCCGUCGCCAUUGGUUUCACCGCGAAAAAACGCCUGAGGAACGAGCGCAGAAAUUCCAUUAUGAUGCGACACUACCCAGAUCUGAGUAGUGCUUCUUAUUGGCUGAAAGUUUGCUUCAACCAAUCAGAAGCAUUACCCAGAUCUGGGUAGUGACGCGUCAAUAGUAUGGUUUUUCUGCGUUUGUUUCUCAGACGUCAUUUCGCGGGAAAACCACAGGUGGCGUCGCGAGAUGACGGCUGUUCUGUCAGGCAGUUUUAGCACUGAAGGGCACGUCCAGCUACGCGGUUUAAGCUACGCGGUAUGGCCAUUACUUUACGCAUGCGCACAACCAUGUUACCCCAGCAGUGGCAGUAAGGGACAGUUGUCCCUCGUGUCAGUAUAUAUGGACGGGCGAAUCCGUGUAGCAAAGACCCUCUAUUUCCGAGGCUAGUGCAAAGAAGCACUGCUUUAACUCCAGCUCCACCGCAAACAAGUGGUAGUUGUUAGUUGGGAACCGCAAAACAGUUCUCCUACAGCAUGCGUAUGGACAUGGAAUCGGAAAAAUUGACCUGUGCGCCCAAAUAAUUUUGAAAAAAUUCCAAUUUUUGCACUGAACCACACUUACCAACUCCGCGGUAGAGCUGGCGCUCAAAGGAGUGCUUCUUUGUGCUCGCCUCGGUAGUAAAGGGUCUUUGAUUUUUGACAGGUUCGUCUGUUCAUAUACCCGACGGCAAUGCCAGCUGUUCAUGGCUGCCACCGCAGAGGUGAUAUGGUUGUGCGUAUGCGUAAGGUAGAGGCCAUAAAGUGUGUACCGCGGAGUUGGUACGUGUGCUUCAAUGCAUAAAUUGGUAUUUUUUUACAUUAAGUUCUGCACUUAUCUUACCCUUCUAAUAAUCACUGUUUUAAGGGUUUAUUGCCGACUGUACCUUUACCCAAUCAAAGUGCUCUUCGCUGGAAGCUACGAAUUCAGUAAGCUUGUUCCAAACCGCCCAUUUUACUUCUCUGGCAAUAUUAUGCUAUGGAUUCUUUUUGGUAUGAACUUGUGGUGGUUCCAGUACAUUUUACGGAUGCUGAUUCGAGCGGUGACAGGAAAAAAGUUGGAAGACAUACGAGAAGAUUCAGAAAUUAAAGAUGCAGAUGGCAAAAUUGACUGA